UUCCCUUGCAUCUCGUAAAGAUCAAGAAACUAACCAAUCGUUUUAGAUCAAAAAGAAGAAACCAUGGCGUCUAAUCUUAAGCCAACGUUUGGCUACACUGUUGUUAAUGUUAAGGACGUAGCCAAAUCAGUAGAUUUCUACGCAAAAGCCUUUGGUUACGACGUUCGUCGCUUGGACGAGUCUCACAGAUGGGGAGAGCUGGAGAGUGGGCAUACCACGAUUGCCUUCACUCCCAGACACCAACACGAGACCGAUGACCUAACCGGUGCGGUCCAAGUCCCAAAAUCUGAUAGCGAGCGACCCCCAGUGGAACUCUGUUUGGUUUACACAGACGUCGAUGCUGCAUUCAAGCGGGCGGUGGAGAAUGGAGCGCUGCCCGUGAGCCAGCCAGAGGACAAGCAGAAUUGGGGACAGAAGGUCGGGUAUGUGCGUGACAUUGAUGGCCUGACCGUCAGGAUGGGGAGCUAUGUUCACGCAUCAAAACAAGACUGAUGGAACUAAAAAGUUCAUAACCUUUGUUAUGUGUUAAUUUAUGUAUUAAGGUAAGUUGUUAUGAG